CAUGAAACUGGCUGCUUUCUUUCUGUCCCUCCAACUGUGGGCAACUGUGGAUGUUUCUCUGUCGCUGGAUGUGUGUUCAAAGGUCCCAGACAUUCCUCACGGCCAUGUAUCAGAGGAAACCAAAAAGUCUGAGUAUCAAGAAGGAGACGUGAUCCACUUCUCGUGUGACGCAGGCUACAUAGCAGACCUAACCUCUAAAUAUGUAUGCACCAGUGAAGGCUGGCUGGUGAUUCGUCGGGGAACGUGCUACUCGUGCGCUACACUGCCAGAUGUUCCUGAUGCUCACGUGGCAGAGGAGACCAGAAGAGACGAGUAUCGUGAAGGAGACGUUGUCCACUUCACCUGUGAUCUGGGCCACUCGUCAGAACUCAUCAUCAAAUAUCUGUGUACAAGCGAGGGCUGGCUGGCAGUCCGCCGAGGAUCCUGCAACCUUACAGCUUCCAGCUGUGAGUUUCCUCCUGCUCCUGAAGACCUGAGAAUAAAGGGUUUACCAGAAAACCAAUCACCUAUUCGUCCCGAUCACAUCCUCACAUUCAGCUGUGAUGGUCCUGGAAAAUAUUUGCUUGGCAGCUCAGUGCUGAUUUGUGGGAGGGACGGACAGUGGAAUAACCCGUUUCCCUCUUGCACAGACGUGAGGAACACCAUCAGCCACCUGCUGCCAAGAGAGUUGGAGACGUUGUCUGAGAUCGCCGUGAGGAGACCGCUGUCCUGCUGCCAGGAGGUGAGACGCACGGUCUUGGUUUGUGAGGACGCAGACCCCACCAGCUGCCAGGAGAGGACACGCCGAUGGUGUGCUGACCAGCCAGCCGGGAGGGGACGGCCCGCCGAGACAACAUCAGGAGGAGCAACUCGGAAACCGUAA